ACACUACUCACUCACUAACACAAUUUCCGUCGAACUAGAUGCGUAUAAUGAACAUACUAAUACUUGCACUGAUCUCUGCACACGGGGUGUAUAGUUUUGAUUUCCUCAAUGUCGGCUCGUUAAGUGUCAAAAGGAAGCUGGAACAUGUUUUAGAGGACAGCGAAGAAACUGCUUGCAAAAAUGAUUUGAGCAGUUUAAUGCAUGAUUUCUACUCGAAGAAGACGUGGGCAAUGAAAAUGAUUGAUGCUGCAGGUAAACCGAGUUCUGGUAUAAUGUUUGGUAAUAUAAUGCAGUCCGGAAAUUACGAUGAGUGCAUGUCUAUAAAUCAUAAUUUAAUUAAGGGAAAAUACUGCACUACAAUCGUAAAGCCGAUUGAUGGUUUCGAAGACGUUACAUUCUUGAAAAAUGGCAAUAGCUACUUGAAAGCCUUAGGUGUUGACUUUGAUAGGAAGAAUGUCACAGAAGUUUUGGAUAAUAUAAGAUGGACUUGGGGAUUCUGCAUUCCACUUUCAUGCAACCAAUUUGAUAUUCAAAAGAUUGUAAAUAAAACCAGAGACUAUUUGAAUAUUAAAUUUAAUUUCCAGUUUGAUGACAAGUAUUGUACAAGCUCUGAGAAAGAUCCGCUUACUGCAAAAGCUAUUUUUGGCAUAUUAUUAUUUUUGUUGAUAGGUAUAAUCAUUACAGCGAGCACAGUAUAUGAUAUAAGAGUAUAUAAAAAAACUGGUUGUGACAAAGCGGAUAUUUUAAUUGCAUUUUCCUUAUACUCCAAUGCGAAAAAGCUGUUCUCAACUCAAGUUUCUGCAGAUAAUUUAGGCGUUGUAAAUGGUGUCCGUGCACUGAGUAUGACUUGGGUCCUUUUAGGUCAUACGUUUAUGGUGAAUUUGUUCUUUCCUAGCGUGAACAGUAUUGAAAUUUUUGAUUGGAAAAAUCAUUUAUAUAAUGUUUUUGUUCUCGCUGCUCCAUUGGCUGUGGACACUUUCUUUGCGUUGAGUGGUUUUCUUGUCGUAUACGUAUAUUUCAAAAGCAUCUACAGCAACAGAAAAAUUACUUGGUCCAUGUUUUACAUCCAUCGUAUUCUGAGGCUAACUCCAUCUUUAGCUAUGAUCAUAGUAUUUUAUCUAUGCAUUCUAGAAUUGUUAGGGGAAGGUCCUUAUUGGUUUGCGAUCAAGGAAUUGUAUGUAAGGAAUUGUGAAAAACAUUGGUGGAGCACAUUAAUUUACAUCCAAAAUUACUACAAUUCAUUAGGCACGUGCGUAAACCAAAGUUGGUAUUUAGCUGUGGACACACAACUAUAUUUUAUAGCUCCUGUAAUUUUAUACUAUUUGAAGAAACAUGCCAUGAAAACAUUAAUUGCUAUAGCCAUCGUUUUCUCUAUAUCAGCCUUGACUGCAUUCUCGGUAUCAUAUAAUAAUUAUGUAGGAGCAGCGCCUUUCGAAGCUGGAAGCAAAUAUUUUACAUAUUUAUAUCACCCAACGCAUAUCAGAAUGACUGCUUGGCUUGUCGGAACGGUUUGGGGAUACAUACUCUUCAGAACUAAAGACGUGGAUCUUAAAAUAAAAAAGUUUUAUAUAGUCGUUAUCUGGGCGGUGCACGUGAUCUUGAUGAUUAUAAUUGCUUUAAGUCAUGUUACUAUGACAAGAUACUCGAACCCUUAUGACCCUUUGACAGCAGCAUUUUUUAAUUCUCUGGCUAGACCUACUUGGGCUUGGUGCAUAUGUUGGUUAAUGUUUGCUUGUAUCAAAGGAUACGGAGGAAUAUUGAAUGACAUCCUUUCAUGCAAAUUAUUUAUGAUAAUUGCCAGAUUGAAUUAUAGCAUGUUUCUGGUGCAUCUACCGAUUAUGCUCAUUUUUAUUUCACAGAAAAGGUCUUCGAUUUAUCUCUCUAAUCUGUUCAUUUGUUUCGACUUUUGGGCUUAUUUCACUAUGACUAUAGCCGUAUCCAUACCUUGGACAUUGGCUUUCGAAUCACCGAUCAUUGUGCUUGAAAGAGUAUUAUUUAGUAAAAAUAAGAAAUCACAAGGUUUCCCGAAGAACGGAAUAACGAAUAACUUGACUAUAGUUGAUAUAACAGAUAUUAAAAGUAAAAAUAUUUAUUAACGCA